CAGAGAGGCGCCUCGGUGGCGGUGCGCUGUCCAGCAUUUCAGCAAGCGGCGGCAGCACCCGCGGGGAGGCGGAGGGUGCGGGGCCGUGGGGGCCGCGGAGCUGCCCUGCCCAACUCAGCCCAGACUAGGCGGCAGCCCGGACCGGCGGGACCCGAGGGCCUGGCCCCAGCGCCCGGUAGAUCGCGGCGAUCAGCGGUGAGGGCCAGCGGCCCAGGCCAGCGGCUCCAGGGCCAGCCACGAUGUCCUCCACCGUGAACAACGGGGCGGCCAGCAUGCCGUCCACACCCGACGCCGCGAACGGCUUCCCGCAGCCCAGCGCCUCCUCGGGGACCUGGCCGCGGGCGGAAGAGGAGCUGCGCGCCGCGGAGCCGGGCCUGGUGAAGCGCGCGCACCGCGAGAUCCUGGACCACGAGCGCAAGCGGCGGGUGGAGCUCAAGUGCAUGGAGCUGCAGGAGAUGAUGGAGGAGCAGGGGUAUUCGGAGGAGGAGAUUCGGCAGAAAGUGGGGACAUUCCGGCAGAUGCUGAUGGAGAAGGAGGGAGUGCUCACCAGGGAGGACCGGCCUGGGGGCCACAUUGUGGCGGAGACCCCGCGGCUGACCGAGGGCGCUGAGCCGGGCCUGGAGUACGCGCCCUUUGACGAUGACGACGGCCCAGUGGACUGUGACUGCCCGGCCGCCUGCUACCGCGGCCACCGCGGGUACAGGACCAAGCAUUGGUCUAGCAGCUCGGCAUCGCCCCCUCCCAAGAAAAAGAAGAAAAAGAAAGGCGGCCACCGGAGAAGCCGCAAAAAGAGGAGACUGGAGUCCGAAUGCAGCUGUGGGAGCUCCUCACCCCUCCGCAAGAAGAAGAAGAGUGUGAAGAAGCAUCGCCGAGACAGGUCUGAUUCUGGGUCCCGGAGGAAGAGACGGCACAGAUCUCGAAGCUCCAAGUGCAAAAGAAAAGAGAAGAACAAAGAGAAGAAGAGGCCUCACACAGAGUCCCCAGGCCGGAAGUCUCAUCGCCAUAGCAGUGGCAGCUCCCACAGCCCCUCUCUCUCCUCCCACUACAGUGAUUCCAGAUCUCCCAGCAGGCUGAGCCCCAAGCACCGAGACGAAGGGCGAAAGACGGGCAGCCAGCGGUCCAGCGGAAGCCGGUCGCCUUCCCCGUCGGGCGGCAGCGGAUGGGGGUCGCCCCAGCGGAACGGCGGUAGCGGGCAGCGGAGCGGAGCGCACGGGGGCCGCCCCGGCUCGGCGCACAGCCCGCCCGAUAAGCCCAGCUCGCCCUCGCCCAGGGUCCGUGACAAGGCGGCGGCCGCCGCACCCACGCCGCCCGCGCGGGGGAAGGAGAGCCCGAGCCCGCGCUCGGCGCCGUCGUCCCAAGGUCGCGGAGGCCGCGCGGCGGGCGGGGCGGGCAGGCGGCGGCGGCGGCGGCGUAGGCGGCGGCGCUCGCGGUCCUCGGCGUCCGCGCCCCGCCGCAGGGGUCGCCGGCGCCCCCGGCCCGCACCCCCCCGGGGCUCGUCGCGCUCGCUCAGCAGGGCCCGCUCCAGCAGCGACUCCGGCAGCGGCGGCGGCGCCCCCGGCCCCGGGCCCGAGCCCGGCUCUGAGCGAGGCCACGGCGGACACGGGAAACGGGCCAAGGAGCGGCCCCCGCGCGCGCGGCCCGCCAGCACCUCUCCGUCCCCGGGCGCGCACGGCCGGCGCGGCGGCCCAGAAGGGAAGAGCUCGUCGCGCAGCCCCGGCCCGCACCCCCGCUCCUGGAGCUCCAGCCGCUCGCCCUCCAAAUCUCGCUCGCGCUCCGCGGAGAAGCGGCCCCGCAGCCCCAGCCGCUCGCCGUCGCCCAAGAAGCCCCUCAGCCGGGACAAGGACGGCGAGGGCCGCGCAAGGCACUCUGAGGCCGAGGCCGCCCGCGCCCGGCGCCGCUCCCGCAGCUACUCGCCCAUCCGCAAGCGGCGCCGGGACUCGCCAAGCUUCAUGGAGCCGCGGCGCAUCACCAGGUCCAGCCUGCUGAGUGGCCUGUGGUCAGCCUGGGGGCCAGGCGGACCCCUCUGCACAGGCUGCCUGGGAGAUGCCCAAUGCCCGCAAGCGUCCUAUUCCAUAUUACCGGCCCAGCCCCUCUUCCUCCUCCAGCUGCUUGAGCAGCGACUACUCGACCCGGAGCCACAGCCGCAGCCCCAGCCCUGGCCACAGCCACGGGAGCUACAGCAGUCGCAGCCAUGGGACCCGCAGCCGGACACGCAGCCCCUCGAGGACCCCCAGUCCCAGCUACCACAGCCGGAGCAGCUCUGAGAGCGGGGGCUUCUGAGCCCAGACAGACUCAGCUUGGUGCCCCCCUGGCACUGGGAGAGGCGAGGGGCGGGCCCCAGGACCCCAGUGGGGAGGGGGCUAUAUCUCCUUGCCCCCAAGGCUACAAAGAGGUCUCAGGGCCAGUGCACGGGCAGAUGGGACCGGGGAAGACUUUGAGGGUGGGCAUCCAGUGGACAAGGAGAAGCCAGAUGUGCUGCUUCUACGGGUGUCCUCUCCCACCUCCUGUCCACCCACUGUGCCCAGGGAACAAAGAGCCGUUACGAACACAGGGAUCUCCCCAUCCCCCUUCCUGCUGAUGCCAACUCACCAGGCUUGGGACUGCUGCCGGUGGAUGGUACCAGAGUCCAUGAUCUGCUCUGUCACUUCACCUUAGCUCAGUGCAGCCAGGGACACCUUGCAAGGUGCCAGCCCUGGGAGCCCCUCUUCCGCACUACACAGCUCCCUCCACUCCUCUCUUAUCACUGGGCAGACAAGGAGGUGGUACAGCACGUGGGAUCGGAGCUAGACAGAAGGAAGAACAGCCUAACCCUUGGUGCACCCCCAUCCAAGCUGGGGAGCUGCAUCCUUUUGAGCUGGCUGCAGGAGGACCCUGGCUGAGGGCUGGUGGCUGGCCCCACAGCCUCCCCCAAGCUCCUCCACUGACCCAGGAGUGCCCAGACGGGUGGCCCCCAAAAUCCCAGCCUGGGGAGCUAGGCACCUCACUCUUGGUCUGACCUCUCCAGGCCAGGCUCUCCUCACCCCAUGCCCUGGGCCAAGGUCCUACCAGCCAUGACUUCUGCAUGACAAGAGGUGGGGGGUACAGACCUCAGGUACAUUUGACCCUGAGGUUAAAAGGGGUUCAGGUCAAGAGGUGGGAGAGGAAAGGGGUAGAUGGGAGGUGGAAUCUGUAGGAAAGAGAAAAAGCAAAGUCGUUCACUGACUGAGCAGCCCCCAGGGAGUGGAGACGGGUCCCUGGGGAGGGAGCAGCUGACAGGUCAGCAGUGCCCCCAGCCCCACCCAAGAGGAGGGCAGCGUGUGCCUGUGGUCUGGGACGUGGGCUGGAUGGCAGCCCAGGGUCACAGGCAUAGGAUAACAUGUGCUUUGGACCUGCCAAGGGAGUACCUUGGGAGUCUGAUGGGGUCAUGGCCAGCCGAGCCUCUGUAGAGAUGGAGGCUACAGCCCUCAGAAGGGAGGGGAGGAAAGAGACUGAGGGCCCUGGCCUGGGGCGUCGAUGGGGAAGCAGUGGCCCCCAGUCCUCUUCUGCUGCUCCCAGCCCCCUCCUCCUGGGGCCCUCAGGGAUCUCAUGAAGUCUUCCUUGGCCCAACCAGGCAGAUGCCCCAGGCUCCAGUCGGGGGAGGGGUCUGGGGUCUGGUCCGGGUUCCCCGCUUUCUCUAUGUCCCCCCUCCCUCUUUCUCCGCAGUGCGGAUAAAAAUUGGACUCGAAUAAAACCCUUGGUUCCCGGA